CAGUAGUAGGAUCUAAUGAGCUGCUUGUGUCUUUCUGCUGUUGUUUCCCUCUGGCAGACAGAUGACGUGACGCAAUCAGAGGUCUCCCUACAGCUCCAGCUGCAGCUCUCGGACUCCUCGGAGAAGCAGCAGCCCAAGAGGUUACAUGUCUCCAACAUCCCCUUCCGCUUCCGCGACCCCGACCUGCGGCAAAUGUUUGGGCAAUUUGGAAAGAUUCUAGAUGUGGAGAUUAUCUUUAAUGAGCGAGGAUCCAAGGGCUUUGGGUUUGUAACUUUUGAAACGAGCACAGAUGCCGACCGUGCGCGGGAGAAACUAAACGGUACAAUCGUAGAGGGACGCAAAAUAGAGGUGAAUAAUGCAACAGCAAGAGUGAUGACAAACAAAAAAGUUGCCAACCCGUACACAAAUGGCUGGAAGCUGAACCCUGUGGUGGGUGCUGUCUAUGGUCCUGAACUGUAUGCUGUAACAGGUUUCCCUUACCCGGCCACAGGGGCUACGGUGGCCUAUAGGGGUGCCCACUUGCGAGGCCGGGGGCGGGCUGUGUACAACACCUUCCGCACAGCACCUCCACCACCACCUAUUCCAGCCUAUGGAGCAGUGGUGUACCAGGAUGGCUUCUACGGAGCAGAAAUCUAUGGGGGCUACGCUGCGUACAGAUACGCCCAGCCCACCACCGCUGCUGCCUACAGUGACAGCUAUGGCAGAGUCUAUGCAACAGCAGACCCCUACCACCACACAAUCGGCCCUGCCGCUACAUACAGUGUGGGAACCAUGGCUAGCCUAUACAGAGGAGGGUACAGUCGCUUCACUCCCUACUAACAGAAAGAAAAAGAGAGAAAGACAGAGACAUUACCCCCCAACAAACAAAAAUCAGACAAAUUAACAAACAAGCAAACACCUCAUCCUUCGUGGAGCGCUAAAUCAAACUAAAAGCUUCCAGGUCCCAAUGCUGACCCCUCCCCCUGACACCCGCCCUCCCGCUACAGACCAUUUCUACAACCUUGUUGAUGUCAUCAUUGGUCUGCUCCUAUGAUUUGUUUUGUAUUCAUUUUGUGCUUUGGAUUGAUUUCGGAGAAGUUAUGUUCUGCACAUGUGACUGCUGUAGAUGGGUGCUGUGUCACCAUAACCAAUGUGAGCCUACUGUAGCACGCAUGAUGCAUGAUCAGAGGGGUGUGUUUCUGCAGUGACCGUCAGAGGGAUGACAAUCUAGUGGGGCAUUAGAUACACUGUUAUUUAGCCUAUUCUUGAAUUGGAAUUCAAUGAAAUUCAAACAGGAAAUUAAAUAUUGUAUUCCAAUUAGCAUUAGAAAUACAUAAUUAUAAUAAUAACAAAGACGAUGCACAUGCCCUGCUAAUUCUUAUUUCACAAGACGUCACUGUCAACUGUAUGAUUGCUCUGUAAUGUUGGAGUGUCCUAAUGCACUUGAAUUGGAGUCCUAACAGUGAUGUGGUGUGACAGCAUGCAGAGUGAGGACCAUUGCACCACAGUGAGGGGUCAGAGUUCACCUGGGGUUAAGACUGGGCUAGCUCUCGAUAAUGUGAUGGCACUCUAGGCUAAAUGACUUAGGAUUGUGAAGGAUUCAAUGUCUUUGUUUAUUUCAGGCACAUUUUUUCCACACUGAUUUGUAUGUUCACGUAAUAUUAACUGAAGUGUACAAUGCAUUCAGAAAAUAUUCAGACCCCUUGACUUUUUCCACAUUUUGUUACGUUACAGCCUUAUUCUAAAAUUGAUUAAAUAGUUUCCCCCCCUCAUCAGUCAACACACAGUACCCCAUAAUGACAAAGCAAAAACAAUUAUUUAAAAAAAUUAUAAUAAUAAAUAAUAAAAAUCUAUAUAAAAUAUAACAGAAAUAUCACAUUUACAUAACUAUUCAGACCCUUUACAAAGUACUUUGUUGAAGCACCUUUGGUAGCAAAGCUUGGCACACGUGUAUUUGGGGAGUUUCUCCCAUUCCUCUCUGCAGAUCCUCUCAAGCUCUGUCAGGUUAGAUGUGGAGCGUUGCUGCACAGCUAUUUUCAGAUCUCUCCAGAGAUGUUCGAUCGGGUUCAAGCCCGGUCUCUGGCUGGGCCACUCAAGGAGAUUCAGAGAUUUGUCCCGAAGCCACUUCUGGGUUGUCUUGGCUGUGUGCUUAGGGUUGUUGUCCUGUUGGAAGGUGAACCUUCGCCCCAGUCUGAGGUCCUGAGCGCUCUGGAGCAGGUUUUCAUCAAGGAUCUCUCUGUACUUUGCUCCGUUCAUAUUUCCCUCGAUCCUGACUAGUCUCCCAGUCCCUGCCGCUGAAAAACAUCCCCACAGCAUGUUGCUGCCACCACCAUGCUUCACCGUAGGGAUGGUGCCAGGUUUCCUCCAGACGUGACGCUUGGCAUUCAGGCCAAAAAGUUCAAUCUUGGUUUCAUCAGACCAGAGAAUCUUGUUUCUCAUGGUCUGAGAGUCUUCAGGUGCCUUUUGGCAAACUCCAAGCGAGCUGUCAUGUGCCUUUUACUGAGGAGUGGCCUGGUCACUACCAUAAAGGCCUGGUCACUACCACAAAGGCCUGAUUGGUGGAGUGCUGCAGAGAUGGUUGUCGUUCUGGGAGGUUCUCCCAUCUCCACAGAGGAACUCUAGAGCUCUGUCAGAGUGACCAUCGGGUUCUUGGUCACCUCCCUAACCAAGGCCCUUCUCCCCCGAUUGCUCAUUUUGGUCGGGUGGCCAGCUCUAGGAAGAUUCUUGGUGGCUCCAAACUUCUUUCAUUUAAGAAUGGUGGAGGCCACUGUGUUCUUGGGGACCUUCAAUGCUGCAGAAAUGUUUUGGUACCCUUCCCCAGAUUUGUACCUCGACACAAUCCUGGCUCUACAGACAAUUCCUUCAAUCUCAUGGCUUGGUUUUUUCUAUGACAUGCUGUGGGAUCUUAUAUAGACAGAAUCAUGUCCAAUUAAUUGAAUUUACCACAGGUGGACUCCAAUCAAGUUGUAGAAACAUCUCGAGGAUGUUGUUCAAUGGAACAGAACGCACCUGAACUCAAUUUUGAGUCUCAUAGCAAAGGGUCCGAAUACUUGUAAAUAUGGUAUUUCUGUUUUUUAUUUUUAAUACAUUUGCAAACCUUUCUAAAAACCUCUUUUCGCUUUGUCAUUAUGAGGUGUUGUGUGUAGAUUGCUGAAUAAAAAAUUAUAUUUAAUCAUUUUUAGAAUAAAGCUGUAACAUGACAAAAUGUGGAAAAAGUCAAGUUGUCUGAAUACUUCCCGAAGGCACUAUAUGUGACGUUUAGAGGUGGGUAAUCAUUCUUUUUAGUAGGCUACGCUAUCGACUCAUCUAUGAAGUACUGUAGUGCAAUUCCUGAUAACUAUUCACUUUUCAUUAUUGCACAAAACAUUCUGUACCUCAGGAUAAACCACUACAAGUGAUUUGAUCUGACAACUAAUUGUAUCAGUAGAAUGCUUGUCUUGUUUAUUGAAGAUUUUCUUGACAUAAUCAGUGCUUGACUUGGGCAGGAGCUUACCAGAGCUGAGCACCGGCACCUCAGAUGUUCUACUGCUUGAGCUCCUGCACCUAAAUAUAAACUGUACCAGCACCCAAAAUGACUAGCAUAAGUCAAGCAUACCCACCAAACAUUACCAGUGGGUUCCCCCACUUUACAAUGACAGAGCAUUGUCUUAUUGGUUGAUUUUGCCUAAAUCUCUCUGGAAUAGCUGAUUUACUAGAGCAGGUACAGUGAGAGAUUAUAGACUUUCAAUUAUGAGGAGAGAAAUGGACUGUGAACAUGAUUGCUUCAUAUUCCACUUUCAGGAGAAAAUACCUUGUUCCAUACAGCUCUAGGAAGAGUCUUGGUGGUUCCAAACUUCUUCCUUUUAUGUAUUAUAACACCUGCGUGUUGUCAUACCAUAUUAAUGUACUCGAGUACACGUCUUCAACUCAGUAGUUACCCCAUAUGAACUCUUGAGAAAAUGGGAACAUUUCAAAUAAACUAUUUUGUAAGUAGAUCAACCUAAGAGACAUGAUAUAUAGAUCCGAAUACAACUAUGGAAAUCUAUAAUUACUCAACUAUUCGUAUAAUGAUAUAAUUUACGUAUGUAUCCUCUCAAGUGUUAUCUGUUUGUUAGACUUUAUUUGUGUAUUUCGAUCAUUUUGAAGAUGUGACAUGUUUAUAAAGACAUCAUGUACGAGCAGUUAUGUUUAGUCAACAUGUUGAACAUGACAUAGAUUAAUGUUGUAUACCAAAAUAACAUAUCAUCACUUGAUCAAAGAAAAGCAUAAAACAUUGUUCUUCCUUUAUAUACCAGUAUUUAGGGUUCUACCAUGGGGGCUUUUAUAUACCAGUAUUUAGGGCUCUACCAUGGGGGCUUUUAUAUACCAGUAUUUAGGGCUCUACCAUGGGGGCUUUUAUAUACCAGUAUUUAGGGUUCUACCAUGGGGGCUUUUAUAUGAUUCAAAAAAGCUUCAGACAUUGUUAUUAAUGUAUUUGUAGGUGUUUCUGAUUAAAUUGCUCUGUGUGUGUGUGUGUGUGUGUGUGUGUGUGUGUGUGUGUGUGUGUGUGUGUGUGUGUGUGUGUGUGUGUGUGUGUGUGUGUGUGUGUGUGUGUGUGUGUGUGUGUGUGUGUGUGUGUGUGUGUGUGUGUGUGUGUGUGAAUAGUAGGGUUGACACAACCCAUUUUAAAUGACUUUCCUCCCCAUCCACUUUCAUUGCGCCAUUAUAAAACUGAGUGCUGCUCUGAGCGCCAGUGGAACUAACACAGAGAAUCCCCCAAGAACAACGGCUCACUGAAGCCAAGUUCCACUGUUUCUUCAACUCAAUUAGUGUCUAUGUUUUAAGCUGAAUUUACAGCAGUGGAAGUCUGCUGUUUGAACACAUAGGCUUGAGACAGCUCCACACAAAAUAUAUAUAUUAUAAAAGAGACACAUACACUGAACGGCAAGUAAAAUACUCCCCUCUGCCUUGGUCAAAGAGAACCUCAUAGCUUUGAAUUCUCCCUCUCACUGCCUCCCAAUUCCUAAUGAUGCCCGUCAUUACAGCUGUUGUUUCAAAAUCCUGUUUUGCAGACGGCUUCUUCUACACUGAGCUUAAUGGAGAGAGAAACUUAGUAAUUACUAUAUAGUACCAGUUGAUCUGCUUGAAAGGAAAUAGACUAUUUGAAACCCCCUGUUCAGUUUGGGUGCAGAUAAGUCAUAAAUGAGUUGAGUAGGAAAGCCACAGUGUCAGAGACUGAGAGCAGACAUCUUAAUGAAUGUUGCUCUUCUGAAGCUAUCGUUUAGCAAAUACACUGGAGGCCAUAGUGUGACGAAUAGUAGUUCAUGUUUUUCACUGGCUGUGUGUUUUUGAGGUUUGCCAACUUCUUUCCUCUAGUCUCGACAUCCUGAAAUCUCUCUCCAUGACAACUCUUUGCCUCAAUAAAUCUCUUUAUAAGUCCUAACUCAUUGAUAACCUAACCUUGAUACAGUAAAACAGAAUCUUCCACUUUAAGCACCCACUCAUUUCCUGUCUGCACGUGAACCAGCCUGAUAAGAUGCUAGCUGCUAUGAGAGGAACAUCAAUGCCCAGGAGGGGUGUUAGCCGCCAUGCCUCACCACCACAAAUUAGAGCAGGCUAAUCAGCCACUAUCAAUCACUGUAUCGCUAGCUUCACUUACAGGCCAUUCCCACACUACAUCUUCACUAUAGCAAUGUGCAGAUCUCAGUCUACCAGCAGCUACAUUUCACAGUUAAAAAAGAAAGUCGGCCUAGAACACACCUUUUCAUUUACAUCCUCUACUUUCAGGGUUACUUGGGGUCAGUUUUAUUCUUACAUGAGGACAUUGCAGUGAUGUCAUGGGUUUGAGUGUUGUCAGUUAAAGUUGUAAUGUGUCCGUACAACUCUUCCUCCCUUUAUAAUCAAUGUAUUCAUUGUUACACUGUUAAAAUGUCAAAUUAUCAAGGCUUCAUAUAACAUGUAAAUAGCUCAUAUAUAUUGUGUCUUAUUAUAUUUUGCUAAAUAUUACAAAUGUGUAUCUAUAGUGUAGAGACUGAAAGGUUUUCCAGUUUUAUAAUAUCCUCUAUCCCAUAUACAUUUGUUUUUCAUAGCUAGCUACAUUAUUAAAAACACUCAAUGAAGGUGUUAAACCACAUGCCCAGUCCUAUACAGUUUGCUGACAUUUAAACAUGUUUAUUUGUGUAAAUUGAACACACAGUUAAUUCAUUAUGAUGUAUUUACUAUUAUAGUCAGUAAGCCUUGAUAAGCUGACCGUUUCAUUUCUUUCUCCGUCCAAAAGAUUUGUAUAAAAAAAGGGAAACAAGCUAAAACGUUUCACUUCCUGUAAAUAUAUACAUGUAUAUACACAUAUAUUACCAAUUCUCUGAUUAUCUGGUUUCUAUGUAUUCAUAUAUAUAGUGGUUUUAUCUGUGUAUUUUCAAUUCAGCUGAACUUGUUCUAUGAAUUGUACAAUAUGUCAUUUCUAAAAAAGUAUAUAUUGUCUGAAAGGUGUAAGUAAUUGGCUUUUGAUUUAUUGGUACAGUAUAUUACAUUUCCUUUGUCUUCUUUCAUCAAUGACUUAGUUGUUAGUAUAUGUGACAUAUCUAAGCAACCUCUGAUUGUUUUGAGUGUCAGAAUAAAGUGGUUCUGAGAGCA